AUGACGACUGACAACAAUACCACUCUGACAGCUACUACUGUCGAUCACAACAACAACAAUAACUCUCAAACCAACUCUCCACUUCUCUCCGAAGACAAGAGUGCACCCAUUGAACUCAAGACUGUAUCGUCCAGCAACAAGGAAGAUUUGACAUUACAACAAUGCGUCAUUUCCGAUCAAGAGUUUCCAACUUCACAUUUUCAACAAAAUCAUACAUUGACUCUGGAAAAUUAUGAUUGGAUUAAAACAGUAUUGGGAGGGGAUGAUAAAUUUGAUCCCGAUCAUAAAAUGUUUGAAACAUUAUUACUUGAAAAGGAAAAUAUCAAGUCCGAACAUGCGAAAAAUUCAUUGAAAAUCUCAGAUUUUGCAUUUGCAUUGGUUAAGAAUCGAUAUGAUAAAUAUUUUAACGAAGAUACCAAGUAUGCUACUUGUUGCAAUAUCAAGGAACUUUUGAAACAUUCGAUCGUGUUGGUGAUCAUGACCGUGGUUGUGAUUGUUUUCUUGUUAGUUUCAGCCAUUCCUAUUUGGGCCAUUGAGGGAGGCAACGAACUCAGACAAAUGCGUGAAAACAACAUUACCUUAACCAAUGAAAAUGGAACCAUCACACAAUUAGAAAAAUGGAAUUACGGAAAUUCUGUUUAUUACUGUCUCGUUACUUUUACCACUAUUGGUUAUGGAGAUUUUUAUGCAACCACAACAGGCGGAAGAGUUUAUAUUGGAUUCUUUGGUUUGGCAGGUAUUGCCAUCAUGGGUUCGUUGUUGGUCAUUAUUGGAAAAACAACCACAGGAACUGUGAAGAGUAUUUUAAUGUCCAUUUCGAUUGGAAUGUAUAAGGCAGUGAAUUUUUGUAGAGGUAGGCGGGAUUUGAAACUGCGACACUCGGACCGAUUGUACAAAUUUCUCUCGCAUCCAUUGACUCAAUUCUCGUAUUAUACAUUCUUUUGGUUGUCGUAUGUGUUUGUGUGUGCGGCAAUUUUCUUGGCCAUUGAGGGAUGGAGUUAUGGAGAUUCUUGUUGGUACUGUUUUGUGACUCUGGGAACCAUUGGAUAUGGAGACUUUUAUCCCAAAACAAGAGGAGGAAAAGUAUUUUUCAUGUUCUUUGCCAUUAUUGGUCUUGGAUUUGAAGCCAUUAUGAUUGGAUUGAUUUCUGAAGUAGUGAUGGAGUGUUUGGAUAAAUUGAAGAAGAAGGUGAGAGAAUGGUGGAUCAAGCUUUUCAAAAAGAGAAAACAUUAA